AUGAGCGAAACGAGAUUCUUUGCUUUUUAUCUUUCACUUUGUGAAACUAGAAUUAUCAUUUCAGUAGAAAUCUCAAAGAGAACAAGAAAUCCAUCUACAACACUUCAUUCCUAUAAUAUCAACAAGAAUAAAAAGAGUUUUACUGAUGAAGAUGAAAAAAAUGCAAACAAAAUCUCAAUUUAUCACGCUCCUUAUCAAAAUUUCAGGUCUCAGAACAAAUCCUAUGCAUCAUUUAAACAACAAAUCCCACAAUCUAUACCUCCUCCUUCUGAGAGUAUAUCCAAUAGUCAAUUCACACUUUCCCUUCCCGAAAAUGUACCUGAUAUUCAAUCUUUGUUUCAGCCUUCUCGUGAAACGGUUCAAAAGUAA